UAUUUGAUACUUCACCUCAGCAUAUAUAUAGCCAUAUCAAAGGAAGGCAACUUAAAAGUCAGCAAAACAAUAUUUAAAAUGCCUCUAUCGCGGCGAGGAAGAAAGUUUUUAAUCGUUGUUGGUUGUGUAUUGUUGGUAUUAACAGCCACAUCUCUUAUCUGUGCAAGUAUAGCCAUGAAUAGGUUGUAUGACAAAGAUCCGAAGGAAGCAAGUUUAGGUUUCCAAACUAUCUGUUUUUUAGCGCCUGCUCUUCUGUCCAUACUGUCUGGCGUGAGACAAGGAACGACUUUGCUGGGUCCAGCCCUGGCUACAAAUUCAGUUGGAAUAAUGCUGGGAAUUGGUGGAUUAACUAAUUCUAUCCUGUCCUUCAUCAAACGAAGGCGUGCCUACUUUAGUUGCCCGACGGAAUCAUACAGUUGUUCUGACGAGAAAACUUUGAUGUCUCUUCAUCUUGUAUUAAUCAUCGUUUUUGUCGCAUUUAUCGUCGUGAGUUCUGUUGCAUCAGGAUUUGGUUGUUUUAAAAUUCUAUCCAAACGACAGGAAUCCGAACAAGACCGCGGAAUGGUAAUGACUAGACAGCAAUUAUCAUAUCUGGAACAACCUGGAACUACCAGUAAUACCAACAACGGCAAUGACAUAAAUACCAUUGAAAAUGAGAAUGAAAAUGAAUAUGAAAAUGAUGACAUGCGUGUAGGAGAAUUGGAAAAACUCAUCAAUGUUUGAACUGCUCGGCUUUGUCUUGGUGGAUGAGCGUGUCUAUGCAGGGCCGUAACUAGAACGAUAAUUGGGGGGUGUUUAUUCAUAUAUUCAGUUCUGCCCGAC